UCUGCGCCUUCAGAGGACUUCCUCACUGCCACACUGAAUCCUGGUGGAGAGAUGAGUUUCUACAGUGAUGCAUCCACCGAGGACAUGAGCGACGAGUUAGAGUCUCUGGGGUGGUACCACUACGACCUGUCCCGCCAUGCUGCAGAGGCCCUUCUCUUGUCCAAUGGGACUGAUGGAAGUUAUCUCCUGAGAAACAGUAAUGAGGGACCAGGCUGCUUUGCUCUGUCUGUCAGGGCGAAGGAUUCUGUCAAGCAUUUUCAUGUGACACGCAGAAACAACGCUUAUGUGUUUGGGUUUAAUGAGUUUGCCACCCUUCAAGACUUCGUUAACCACUUUGCUAACCAGCCUCUGCUUGGCAGUGACGCAGGAACCCUCAUCGUGCUGAAGUGUCCAUACCCAUGGCGUGUGGAGGAGCCAUCCAUCUAUGAGUCAGUGCGAGUUCACACAGCCAUACAGACAGGACGCACAGAAAAUGAUCUGGUGCCAACUGCUCCAUCGCUGGGCACAAAGGAAGGCUAUCUGGUGAAACAAGGAGCAAUUGUGAAGAGCUGGAGACAGAGGUGGUUCACACUCAACAGAUAUGAACUCAAAUACUUCAAAGACAAUAUGUGUGAGGAGCCCAUUCGAACCCUGGAUCUAAGAGCCUGCUCUGCAGUCCAGUUUGACUACUCGCAGGACAGAGUCAACUGUUUCUGUCUGGUGUUUCCUGAGAGGACAUUUUAUCUGUGUGCAAAGACGGGUGUGGAAGCAGAUGAGUGGAUCAAGAUUCUGAGGUGGAAACUGUCACAGAUCAGCAAAGGUCGAUGACUGCUGCCGAUGGAGACUCCAGAGAUGGAAAGAAGUCCCACGUACAUGGAAGACGUCAUCGCAGCUGGAUGAACAAUGAUGAACAGCACGAUUUAAAAGUGAAGAAUAAACUCGAGCAUGACUAAGACUGGGACACAUUUCCCUCAGUGCACUGACUGAAGACUAACAACAUGGAAGUGACACCACUUUGCUUUUUAAUCGUCCAAAGAUGCUUUGUUUCUCAUAAGUUUCCUGUUAAUAGUCGCUGCUUUUCCCAGACGAUGUUUGUUACUACUAACAUCAACUUAGGAUAUUGCCGGCAUUAUUCUGUAAGUCUAAAACCAACAAUGAGUGUGUCUCAAAACGCAUACCUCUAUUAGUACACUUCAGUGUAGUACACUAUGUACACGAGGAACCUCUUGCGCGGUGCCCUAAUUUCAACAUUGCACACUGCCGUUUUGCAGUGACCAAAAGUGACAACAGAUUUUUUUUUCUUUUUUACCGCCUCUCCUUCUCCUUCCUCUUCUUCUUCAUCUUCUUUUUAAAGGGCGAGUAGCAAACAGAUGGUGGAGUAUUAUCACCAACAUAUGGGAGCUAUCUCUGCCCACUUAUUACCAAACUUAUGCCACAACAUCAGUGCUAAUUAAAAUGUGCCGCUGUAGUUAGGAGUAUGUUAGCUAGCUAGCUAGUGAAUGCCAACAUUAUCUAGCAGACUAAUGUUAAUACUCGAAUUUUUGUUCGCAAAUCAUUACAAACCCAACAAACGUUACUGACCGCCUCUGUUUGACAACAGUAUUGCACUUAGUGUAAAAAACAUGUAUAGCUUACAUCUGUAUAACGCAGCGAUGUUCACUGUAGCCAGCUUAGGCUACUUGUUUUUCCAAGACACCAUGUCAAAAGUUGAGAAGUUCUGCUAUGUCACAAAGAUGGCGAGUGUUGAGGAUGAGAAGUUUCCAUCAUUCCAUACUCAGCUUUUGGAAUGUUGUGAAUGCACCAGUAGUAUACUGCAUUUUCCCACACUAUGCAGCAUGAACACACCUAGCACACUUGUGCACUCAAAUUAUUAAGUGUUUAGUACAGAAGUAUGCUAUUUGAGACACACAGAAUAUGUUAGUCCGUCUCUCAGUCCUUUGUGACUUCCCACUCUGUCUGUGGCUCUCAGCUCCAAGCACAGCUCACUGAUUUAUAGUUCACAGCAACAGUUAACCACUUUUAUUGUUUAGAGAGCGUUACUCAAACAGGAGGAAAUAAUGCAUUGUUUGGGGACUGUCUUUACACACUGUUCUUUAUUUACACUGAACAAAAAUAUAUACAGUUUCGUUUUCACUCUCAUUUUCGAGUUGAAAUAAAAAGAUCUAAGACUUUUUCCAUGCACACAAAAGACUGAUUUCUCACAUUUUGUGCACAAAUGCGUUAACCCUGUAAAACCCACUGUUGCAAAUUUACAACAUCACAUUCUAAAAAAAGGCCUGCAAAUGUUUUUUUUUCUCAAGACCACAUUUACAUAGUUAAUGGGUCCUAUUGUUUGUCCUCACAAUGCUAUUGGAUAGAAGAAGUGUUUAUAGGUCUGGUCAUCUGGCCAUGAACUCACUCUACCUGCAAACUUCCCGUUGAGCUCAUCUCCUUUUUUUGCAUGACUGGAUUUGUCAGGAUUAAAGUAAGUAAAAUUCCUUAAAUAUUUUUUUUUUUGUGUUUAUUACAAUGUCUAGAACAUGUACAUAUUUAGUUAUUUUGGAAAACAGUCAUCAAAUUUGAUUUAUAGCUUGUUAUGUCUAUGUUGUAAUUCUACAACGUUGGGUCAGUGUGGUACUCAAAAUAGCCUGUGCUUCCUUACACAUUACAUAAGGUCACUGCACUUCUCACAUGGUCACAAAUUGAAAAAAAAUGUAGUAGAAAUUUAAAGUAUUAGAUGAUUCAUUGUAAUGAAGCUCUAAAUGUGCUUUUCUGUUAAAUUUUUACUUAGUUUAGCUUAGACCAUAAUUAAACACAUGAAUAAAUUGUAUGGGGUAUUUGAAACUCCCUGUAUCUUUGUAGUUUUUUGUUUGUUUUUUAACUUCAAAAUGAUCCUGAGCUAUUUUUCUCAGUGUUACCCAAGCAGCAGUUUGUAGCAUUAGGAGAUAGAAAAACGGGUUCUGAAUGUUCUGGAUUUGUUGGGGGGAUGCCUGUUGCAUUGUUCAGGGACAGGUGCGAAUGGUCUUGAAUGUGAACCUGUAAGUGCUCUGGGGGGAUGCAUGUGUUCCUUUUAGUAUGAUAAGUAGAGAGCAUAAUAGGCCAGCCAGACAGUAUUGUUUGAAUGUAGUAAACCACAUUGAAAGUGACGGAGGAAAAAGUUUUGUAAAUAUAUUUUUUUCCAAUAUUUUUAUUUAUAAAUGCUUAUUCAUAAAACUCUGAUUGUUGUGUGAUUAUUACUCAUGAUAUUUACUGUUAUGGGGCUAAGUAAGCAAUCAACCCUGCAAAUGAAUACUUAAAUGUUCUGUAUAUCUGUUCAGACAAAGUGAGUACAAACACAGAAGUUCUGCUCCCAACUAUGCCCAACGUUGCAAAUUUACAACAUUUCCCUAAAAACUUACUAAAAUGUAAAAAAUUUGAAAACUCUUUGAUUUCUACAUCAGAGGCCUCCUAAAACAAUAUCUGAGAGGUCAAAAAAAAUUGCUCAUUUUUUUCUAUAUCUGGGUCUUACAGGGUUAAAAUCCAUGUUAGUGAGCACUUCUCCUUUCCCAAGAUAGUCCCUUCAAGAUGCAUCAAUUACUACACAGGCGUGCCUUGGGAUGGUCACAAUAAAAGGCCAGUCUCGACUAAAGACAUUAAUUAGGCACUCUGAACAAGGCUUUCACAUGACUAGGGCUACAGAUAUGCACUUUUUGGUCCAGCGGGACACUUCUGAGCAAAGAACAUUUCUGCAAACUGCCAGACACCAUGGAAGGUGAACAGUUGCUCACUCAAGUCGAUCAUGACGACAAACUGCUGACAGGUCAAGACCCUGCAGAGGAUGAGGAGGACGUAUGAGUUUCCCUGAGACAGUUUGAGUGCAAAUUCUUUGAUACAAACCAAUUGUGCAUCAGCUGUUUGGAUGGCUGCUCCCAGACCAUUUUACAAGUGAGGAUACAGGAUAUGGAGAUCCUGAGCUGGUGUGGUCUGUGGUUGUGAGGAUGAUUGGAUGUACUGCCAAAUUCAAGGAAACCUCAUUGGAGACAACUUAUGGGAGAGGAAAGAACAUUGAAUUCAUGGGCAGCAUCUCUGGUUGACACUCCUGCAGUCAGCAUGCCAAUUGUACACUCCCUUCAAACUUGUGACAUCUGUGUCAUUGUGUUGCGUGAUCACACUGCACAUUAUACAGUGACCUUUUACUGUGACCAUCCCAAGGCACACCUGUGUAGUAAUGAUGCUGUUUAAUCAGCAUCUUGAUAUGCCACACCUGUGAAGUGAUGGAUUAUCUUGGAGAAAGACAAGUGCUCACUAACAUGGAUUUAAACAAAUGUGUUACCAAAAUUUGAGAGGAAUGUAUCUGUUGAGUGCAUAAAAUCUUACACCUAAAAUUUAAACCUGUACAAAAUGAGAGCAAAAACAAAAGUCUUGUUUUUAAUUUUUGUUCAGUAUAUAUUAAGGACAGCAGGACAGUGUAUGUAGGAUGGACCUUUUACACAGCAGACAUUUUGACGUGUCAUAUUAGGGAAAGCAGGGAUGGAACUGAUAAAAUUAACAAUGGUUUAGUUCCAAUAAGUGUCCUAGUAAGCUAUUCAGUGAGCCAGCAAGCACAAUACCAGGGCCUCGACUAAACUGAAUGCAGCUAUUGUUAAUGUUAUUAUAUACACCUGUAAUUUUUCCUACCAUGACAUGGCAAAAUUACUACUGUGAAAAAGGUCUGGAGUCAAAAUAAACUAUUGUACAGUAUGUGUUAAUGGAA